AUGAGAAUACCGACGACGCUGCUCCUCUUAGUCGGAGCUCUCAUCUUCUCCGGCGCCGGAAUCGUCAGAUCCGAUGCCUCCGACCACCGUUACAAGGAAGGCGACUCAGUUCCUCUCUACGCCAACAAGGUCGGCCCGUUUCACAAUCCCAGUGAAACGUAUCGGUACUUCGAUCUGCCUUUCUGCGUUCCAGAGGGAGUGAAAGAUAAGAAGGAAGCUCUUGGUGAGGUUUUGAAUGGGGACCGGCUUGUUAGUGCUCCGUACAAGCUUAGCUUCAGAGAAGAAAAAGACUCGGAGACGUACUGCAAAAAGAAGCUUAGCAGAGACGAAGUCGAACAGUUUCGAAGAGCUGUUGAAAAAGACUAUUACUUCCAGAUGUACUAUGAUGAUCUGCCUAUCUGGGGAUUCAUUGGUAAAGUUGACAAAGAGAGCAAAUCAGAUCCUAGCGAGUUUAAAUACUUCCUCUACAAGCACAUCCAGUUUGAGAUUUUGUACAACAAGGACCGUGUGAUCGAAAUCAAUGCGAGAAUGGAUCCUCAUUCGCUUGUGGAUCUCACUGAGGACAAGGAAGUCGAUGCGGAGUUUAUGUACACUGUGAAGUGGAAGGAAACGGAGACGAGUUUUGAGAAAAGAAUGGACAAGUAUGCCAUGUCUUCUUCUCUCCCGCAUCAUUUGGAAAUCCACUGGUUCUCCAUUAUAAAUUCCUGCGUCACUGUCCUCCUUUUGACCGGUUUCCUUGCUACCAUCUUGAUGCGAGUCCUCAAGAAUGAUUUCAUGAAGUAUGCUCAAGACGAGGAAGCUGCUGAUGACCAAGAGGAAACUGGAUGGAAGUACAUUCACGGAGAUGUGUUCAGGUUCCCAAAGCACAAAUCUCUCUUCGCUGCAUCUCUCGGUAGUGGUACCCAACUGUUCACUCUCACUAUAUUCAUUUUCAUGCUUUCACUUGUUGGAGUCUUCUAUCCAUACAACCGAGGAGCACUCUUCACCGCUUUAGUCGUCAUCUACGCUCUCACAUCUGGAAUCGCCGGAUACACCGCCUCCUCUUUCUACUGCCAACUCGAAGGCAAGAACUGGGUGAGAAAUCUGUUGCUCACUGGAGGUCUCUUCUGUGGCCCACUAUUCCUCACAUUCUGCUUCCUAAACACCGUCGCAAUCGCCUACAGUGCAACCGCCGCUCUUCCCUUCGGAACCAUCGUCGUCAUCGUCCUCAUAUGGACGCUAGUAACUUCGCCUCUGCUCGUAUUGGGUGGUAUCGCCGGUAAAAACAGCAAAGCGGAGUUCCAAGCUCCAGUCCGCACCACAAAGUAUCCCAGGGAGAUCCCGUCACUCCCGUGGUACAGGAGCGCUAUACCUCAGAUGGCCAUGGCUGGUUUUCUUCCUUUCAGCGCCAUCUACAUCGAGCUGUAUUACAUCUUUGCCAGUGUCUGGGGCCAUCGGAUCUACACCAUUUACAGCAUCCUCUUCAUCGUCUUCAUCAUCCUCUUGAUCGUUACCGCUUUUAUAACCGUUGCUCUUACUUACUUCCAGCUCGCUGCUGAAGAUCACGAAUGGUGGUGGAGAUCGUUCCUAUGCGGUGGAUCGACUGGUUUGUUCAUCUACGCGUACUGCUUAUACUAUUACUACGCGAGAUCGGACAUGUCAGGUUUCAUGCAAACCUCGUUCUUCUUCGGAUACAUGGCUUGCAUUUGUUACGGUUUCUUCCUCAUGCUCGGGACCGUUGGCUUCCGCGCUGCACUUCUCUUUGUCCGCCACAUUUACCGGUCGAUUAAAUGCGAGUAA